GGGGUGGAAGUGUCUCUGUGGGGGCUGCCACCUCCUGUGCCAAAGGGCACGGGCACCCUGUGGGGCUGGUCAGGCCGCUGCUUUCAGCUCUUGUGGGAUCUGCAGUUUGCUCACCUGUGACACGGGGCAGCAGAAGCUUCACUGGGGUCAGGGACCCGCGUGCCCUGCUGUGGCUGCUGGCUGCCCUGGGGAUUUGGCUGGUCAAACGCGGUCACAGAUCUCUCUGGAGAGCAGUGCUCCAGCCAGGCGAGAGCCCAGGCAUGGCCAGGCUGGGGCAAGGAGCCUGCUGGGGACGUGUGCCACGGCCAGGGCAGUGUGGCCCUGGCACAGCCCAGCCUGGGGAGGGUGGGCUCCUCUGUGCAUGGUGGCAGUGCCCUGGGGACAGCUUAGUAAAAUGCUGCUUGGUCUGUAACUGGCCUUCAGAAGUGCACAGAGACAUAUGGGGUGGGGAGAAGUGGGGCUGGGUGCCAGCAGUGCCCCUGCGGCACGGGCUGUCGGGGUGGGAUGCUUGCUGGCGCCCGUGCCGUGCCCAGAACCAUGUGCGGCGGUGGGGUCUCGGGCAGGGAGCCAGGGAAGGCACCCGAAACUGAAGCCUGGACCUGUUCCCUCCGAGAGCUGGCAAGGAGAAGGGUUAAAGCAUGGCCUGGGGCAAAGGUUGGUUAUGGUGCAUGGUUCUUUCUGUGAGGUGCUUUGCUGGAGUGCUUUUUCUGUCUGCUUUGCUGGAGAGCAGCCACAGCCCCUCGCCGGGGCCCUGCGGCAUGCCUCGGGCAGCUCGUAGGCCAGUCCUAGCAGCCUGAGGUUUCCUCUCUCCAUUCCUCCUUCCUCAGAGCACGAGGCAGCCCUGGGACCUCCGUGCUCCCCACUGUGGGCAGUGUCAUCUCAGCAAACACCUGCACAUCAGGACUUACUUGUAUUAUUUUUUUUUUAAGGAGGGAGGGAAAAAAGUUAUUUCCUUCCUUCUUUCUCGGUGGGGUGACUUCCGUCCUUCCCGCUGCGAGAGCCCGACAGCCACCCCCGCCGCAGCCGGCGUUCGCACUCAGCCCCGGACCAAAGGCAAGGUCUCGUUCUCUGACCCCCCGUUAGGGUUUGGCUCUUGGUUUUGAUCUUCCUGGAGGCAGGAGCAGGGGGUUUAUCGCAAUUCAGUCUCCAGCGUCGCCUGGCGUGAGGAAGCGGAGCCGGCCCGAGUGCUGCCAGCAGCUGGCUGCGGCCAGGGAGGGACUUUGGGGACAGUCAGCCUGGGCUGGGCGCUCUGGCCACACUUGUGCGGCCCCGGUGGGCUUGCAGCUCUGCCCGGGGAGUUCUUGGUGCCUUGUUUUACCCUCUGUAUUAUUCUGGAGCUUAGCAUUGCCAGGCGCCAGCUACAGCUCCCUUCUGUACAGCUCUGUUUGUAUGUGUCUAUAGCUAUACAUAUCUUUAAUAUAUACUUAUAUGUAUGUUUACGUGUUACAUAUAAAUAUAUAAAAAGAUAUCUAUACAGAUCUGUAUUUUUAUAUAUAUGUAUAAAUGAAAUAAAAGGCUCCUAUCCUAGUAAGCCAGUAGCUGAAGCUGAGCUAAACAUGUGAGUGAGAAGCAGCAUCGGGUGCAGCGAGCUGGGCGAUGGGGAGCCACUGAGGCCGCAGAAGGGCAUUUGACAGUGUCCCAGAACAGCACUGGGAGGAAAGGGGGGAAGGUGGCUGCGUUGUAUUGGAAGAAACUGCUCGGCUUGGUUCAGAAAUGGCCGAUGGCAAGGAGGACCCCGCUGUGUUCACCUCUGCCUCUCUGCCCUCGGACCCACGGCUGCUGGCGACGGUGACCAACGCUUACCUGGGCACCCGCGUGUACCGGGACAUCCUCCACGUCAACGGCGUGUACAACGGGGCGGUGGGAGACACGCACCGUGCUGACGUCCCCAGCCCCCUCAACGUCAGGAUGGUGGUGCCUGCUGCGGACAGCCCGGCAGAGACCUUCGCCUUGGACACCCGGACGGGAACCUUCAGCCACGUGCUUCAGUCAACAGACUAUGCAGCCACCCAACAGAUCUACGCUCACCAUUCCCUCAUCCACUUGAUGGCCUUCAGCAUCACCAUCCAGCGAUCAGCUCACGUCACCCGACCCAUCACGGUCCAGCUCCAGACUCCUUUUGUGACAAAGAGCCAGGACCUGGACCUGAGCCAAGGACCAGACUUCCAGGGAGCACACUACGUCUACGGGAAGACGCUGGUUCCUGAGGUGGAGGGGGGACCUCGUCCCACAGUUCACAUGCUCUGGACACCGGUGCCGCAAGCCUUGACGUUGCAUGGGGAGGAGCGGGAGCAAUCCUGGGAGUUCCUGACGGCCGUGGCUGAGAGCGAAGAGGAGGUGAAGAGGAGCUACAGUGAAGGGCUGGCCCUUAUCGCUGCUGGCUCCCUGCACUCCUCCCAUGCCCAGGCAUGGGCCACGCUGUGGCAAGGCUGCUGCAUCGACCUGGACGGACCUCUGCCUUUGAGGCAGGCCCUCUAUGGCUGUCUCUACUACCUGCUGAGUGCCAUCCCACCCCGUGGGAGCCCGGGAUUCCUCUUCCAUGGCAUCAGCCCUGGCGGCUUGUCCAACGGCACUCAGGGCGAGGACUACUGGGGCCAUGUCUUCUGGGACCAGGACACCUGGAUGUUCCCGAACAUUUUGCUGUUUUAUCCUGAAGCUGCCCGAGCCAUCCUGGAGUACCGGAUUCGCACGCUGGAAGGAGCCUUACACAACGCGCAGGAGCAAGGCUACAAGGGUGCUAAGUUCCCGUGGGAGAGUGCAGCCACUGGCCGGGAAGUCUGUCCUGAGGACAUCUAUGGAGCCCAAGAAAUCCAUGUCACUGGGGAUGUUUUGAUGGCCUUUGAGCAGUAUUACUGCACCACGCAGGACCAGAAGCUGUUCAGGGAGGACGGAGGCUGGAAGCUGGUGGGUGCUGUGGCUCAGUACUGGUGCAGCAGGAUGGAGUGGAGCAAGGAGGAGCAGUGCUACCACAUCAAAGGUGUCAUGCCCCCGGAUGAGUACCAUCACCAGGUUGAUAACUCUGCGUACACCAAUGCCGUGGCACAGCGGAGCUUAAACUUUGCAGCUGAUGUUGCUCGGGACUUCUUGAUCCCUGUGCCAGAGGAGUGGGUGGACUGUGCCCAGAAAGUCAAAGUGCCCUUUGAUGCGGAGAAGAAAUAUCAUCCCGAGUACGACGGUUACAGCCCAGGUGAGCCUGUGAAACAAGCUGACGUUGUCUUGCUUGGGUUCCCGCUGAUGCACCCCAUGAGCUCUGAAGUCCGGAGAAAUGACCUGGAGAUGUAUGAGCCCGUCACUGAGCUGGAUGGGCCAGCCAUGACCUGGAGCAUGUUUGCGGUGGGCUGGCUGGAGCUGAAGGAGGUCCAGAGAGCCCAGAGCCAACUGAACAAGUGUUUCAGCAACAUCACGGAGCCCUUCAAGAUCUGGGUGGAGAACUCAGACGGGUCGGGAGCUGUGAACUUCUUGACAGGGAUGGGUGGAUUCCUGCAAGCUGUCCUCUUUGGCUACACAGGGUUCAGGAUCACCCGCUCCAGCCUCCGCUUCAACCCUGCCUUUCCUGAUGACAUCAACAAGUUAAAAGUCAUUGGUGUCUCCUACUUUGGCAAUAAACUGAAGUUCAUCAUCACCAAAGAAGUGAUCAGGAUCAAAGUGACUGAGUACGCCCGGGAGCCUCCAGCACCUCCCCUGGAAGCUGUGCUGGAGGAGUCAGGGCAGCGGUUUCCCCUGUGGGAAGGACAGAGCGUCUCCUUCCCCACGGCGGCCGGCUGGAUUCAGAGGUCAUCCACCGAGACAUUUUAAACCUUGGUUGAUCUGGGAUUUACGCCCCCCGCCCCCCCCCCCCCCCCCCCCCCCGCCCCCCGCCCCGAGGCAGCAGAAACCAGCUGAAGAGUGGAUGUCUGCAGAGGGGGAGGGGGAAGGUGGAGGUCCCAGGCUGUGCCAUAAACCCUUUGCCCCCAUGGGACUGCAUGCUGUCUGCAUGGCCCUGGGGCGGGGUGGUGGGCUCAGGGCUGUCACUGUGGCUGCGGUGGCAGCAGCUCCCGGUGGUGCUGAGCAUCCUCGUCUGUGCCAGGGGGCAGUGAGCCCCCUGACUCCCCUUCAUGUGCCUUCAGUAUCUCUCGCUUAGCAGAGGAGGUGAAAUAAAGCCUGAAAGCGACUGUUUUAAAUGCAUUAUCUAAACA